AUGAGCGGCCAGAAAGCAGUCGUCGUGGGCGUAUCCGGCUGCUCGUCAAGCGGCAAGACAACCCUCGCCAGACUGCUCAGAGAUAUAUUCCCAAACACCUUCGUGCUGCACGAGGAUGACUUCUACCGGCCUGAGAAUGAGCUGCCGAUGAAGGACGGGCUCCUGGACUGGGACUGCGCCGAAUCCAUCAACAUCCCUGAUAUGGAAAAGGCCCUGGCAUACAUCCGCUCCGAGGGGACAUUUCCGGUAAGCAACAACAGCUCUGAACUGGCCUGUACCCACCGCAGCAGCCACGGCGUAACCGCCACGCCUGCCAAUGCGUCCCCACCCGUACCCACCUCGUCGUCUUCGCAACGCUUACCAGGCCACAACCCGCCUCCCCCGGAGCAGCCCUUCGUAGACUCCAAGGAAGACAAGAACUCAGUCGGCAAGUGCCCCGCAUCAGACGCGAAGAUCGACGCCCAGAAGGCGAGGGUGCACCAGUGGGAGCAGCCGGGGAGCCCCGGGCACGAGAUAUUCUCCGGGGAGGGCGCGCCGCGGAUGUGCCUCCUGGACGGCUUCCUGCUCUACUCGCCGCCCAAGCUGUCGGCCGUCAUGGACAACAUCGACGUCAAGCUGUUCCUGCAGGUGUCGCACGCGAGGGCGGCGCAGCGGCGCGAGGCGCGGGACGGCUACGUCACGCUCGAGGGGUUCUGGAAGGACCCGCCCGGCUACGUGGACAAGAUCGUCUGGCCCAACUAUGUCGACGCGCACCGGUGGCUCUUUGUGGGCGGGGACGUCGAGCGUGGCGAGCUGGACUGGGACGUGCUGCGGGAGAGGCAGGUCCUGGCCCAGCGUGGGGCGGGCGGAGCUGUGGACUUUGACUUUGAGGAGACGCUGGAGUGGGCUGUGGGUGAGGUUAUGGCGGCGCUGGAGAGGUGGCAUAAGAAUUGA